AAAUGUAUAAUAUGUCAACCCAAGUUAUGUCUUUCUUAAAUAUAUAAUAUAUACUUCGUAUAGCGGCGACCAGGUGGACCAUAGGGACCAUAAAGGACCACCCACUCCCUCUCCACUACAAUGCGUCCCUAACUUGCUUAACUUCCCCCACCAUCGCCGGCUUAAUCGUCAUUGCCGCUCAUCGCAAUCGUUAAUCCGUCUCAUCUCAUCUUUGUGUAUCUUUUGUCAAAUCUACUAAUUGUGUCUAUUUCCAUCUGCUUACUCUCCUUUCUCCCUCACCGUCCUGCCUUUGUUGACUUGGACGGGUUUGCUUGGUACGGAGACGUUUCCUUGCCACGUAAGACCGCCGACAUCACAACCACGACCACGACCAACAAAAACAAAAACAACCCACGCCCUACAACGACCACAAAGCCAUAGCCACCGCAAUUGCUGUUGGUUCUACAAUCAUCGAACGCGCUCCAGCAUCUACAAUUCCCAUUUUCGUUUCAAGGGGUAUAAUAGGGUGCUCAUAGUCGGUAUCGUAUUGAACAUACAUACACGCAAUUGUCUUGGCCCCACGCGGAACUGCUCUUCUAGACUGCCCCCAUCUCCGAAACUCGGGAUACUGCGAAUAAUACGUGCCUGUAGGCAUUAAGUAAAGAAUUCAACACGCUGGCAGGCAAACAGAGGAGGAGCUUCUCCUCCCAGGGGGGAUUGCUGAACAGGAUGUUCGGCAGUAGCUCCAACUCACCGUCACCUCCAAAGGAUACCUUGCAGGAGCAGCCCGAUAGCGGGACCACCAUCCCACCAACAACCUCGACCGAGGCGAGCACAUCACCCAUAGAUUCGACAACCCCGUCACCACCGGCCUCCGAGAAGAUACCCAUCAAAGACAGGCGCGGCGGGAGUGGUCCAGGAAACGGGAGGCCAUCGCCGGAUAAGGAUACUGCGGGGGCUACUGAGAAGAAGCGACGAAGCAGCGGCGUUGGAAACAAGGCAAGCGCGUUUCUUGCCAGCGCAAAGAACUCGCUGCACUUUAGCCCCAGCUCCAACUCUUCGAGCUUCAGGGUUCUCAGCGAACAAAACAUGCAGACACCCCUUCAAAAACUGGGUCGGACGGACCCAGUGCUCAGCGUGCCGCAGGGCACGCACAACAACUCGGCGGGCGAGUCUCUUCCUGGACCAAGGUCUACAUUCCUAGUCGGGGUCGCUGAGGACAGGAACAGAAAGUGUCGCAGGACUAUGGAAGAUACGCAUGCAUUUCUAUACAACUUCUUACACACACCAGCGCCUUUCGUACAUAAAUUGGACAGCCCAAACAUCAAAGCCGGCAACGCAAAUAAUGACCUAUCUACGGAUGCGCUCUUGACGGCGUCUGCCUCCGAUCUGGAGCUGGACAGCAUCGCUUCAAAGACAGCUUCAGAUAUGAUGGAAACCGACAAUGGAUACUUUGCCAUUUUCGAUGGCCACGCUGGAUCCUUUGCUGCAGAUUGGUGUGGCAAGAAACUACACAUCAUCCUCGAGGAAAUGAUCCGAAAGAAUCCCAAUACACCGGUACCAGAAUUACUCGACCAGACCUUUACAAAUGUGGAUGUUCAGCUCGAAAAACUGCCUCUCAAAAACAGCGGUUGCACAGCUGUGGCGGCGGUGCUCAGAUGGGAAGACAGGAUACCCAACACUCUCUCAGCGACAGGAUCUACAGCCAUCGCGCCUGCCACUUUAGCCGCCGUCAAAGCAGUGGAAGAGUCAACCACCAUAUCAGAGGAGAAAGUGGGCGUCCAGGAAAACCCGGAUAGGACCAAAGAACUUGCCGGAGCAGUAGAUCCAGCUGCAGAUAUAGCAUCAUCUGCUGAGUAUGGUUUGACCACAGGCGAAGCCGCACAUGCCAGGUUGAAGUCCCAAGCUACGCGUCAGCGAGUAUUGUAUACGGCGAAUGUUGGUGAUGCCCGGAUUGUUCUUUGUCGCGGUGGAAGAGCGUUGCGUCUGUCUUAUGAUCAUAAAGGGAGCGAUGAAAAUGAAGGGAAACGUAUUGUUACUGCUGGAGGUAUAAUCCUGAAUAACCGUGUCAACGGCGUUCUUGCCGUUACCCGCGCACUCGGAGACGCAUAUAUGAAAGAGCUUGUCACAGGCCACCCAUAUACGACCGAGACAGUCAUCCAACCCGACCUCGACGAGUUCAUCAUUCUCGCCUGUGACGGUCUCUGGGACGUCUGCUCCGACCAAGAAGCCGUGGACCUAGUCCGCAACGUCCAAGACCCCGUCGUCGCCUCCCAACAACUCGUCGACCACGCCCUCGCCCGCUUCUCUACCGACAACCUCUCCUGCAUGAUCGUGCGCCUCAACAAAUCCGCCCUCCUCAACACAGCCAACAACCACCUCUCCUCCAUCGGCGUCGAAGGCGACCCCGUCGGCGGUCCCGGCCGUCUCAGCGAGGCUGACAAAAUCGUAGCGGAAGUAGAACGCAAGGCUGAGGAGGACGGCGUGCCCUAUGUGGGCGUCUCGGGCAGUAAUAGCGGGAAGGGGUAUGAACAGCCCAAGUAUGAGGAUGGGGCUGGGGCUGGUGGCGCGAAGAACGCGGGUAUGGAGAAGGUGGUUGAGGAGGAGCCUGCGGCGCCGCCGCCGCCGGUGGCGGGGGGCAAGACCCAGGUGCCUGCUGCGGAACCGGAUGUUAAUGUGGGUGUGUUGGAGACGACGUUGCCGGAGGAGGCGGCGGAUAUUCGUAAAUAGACCGGGCAAGGGUUUGGUGGCUGUUUAUACAGUCUCGCUUUUUCACGACAUGGACGAACUUCGAUGGUGGGACUUUAUGGGCAGAUUAUCGAAACUUUUUACGGGGGUUGAGGAGGUUUGCUGAUGUUUACAGAGAGGACACACCCACCCCUCUACAUCUUCCUAAGGAUGGCGAAAACACGGGUGCGGGGAUAUAUUUUAUGGGCAGAGAAGCAGGAAGAGAGGGUUAUUGUUGUUGUGAUGUGUGAUACGAUUCGUGUAGGAGUUUGCGGGCGGGGUCAUUGAUUGGUUUUGUUGAACGAAGAAAUGAGCAUGAAUUCAACACUCUUCCUUUCGUUUUUCUACAAGAGCAUGCAUGGUCUAGGUGCGU